UGGUAUAGCCCCGGACGAAACUCUGAUGUCGGUGGUUUUCUUCGGCUUAUGAGUAGUUGGAUUGUCGUAUCUUUCAAACAGGAAAGAGUAGUCAUACGCGAUUGCUGAUUCGUGGACAUGCCAUCUUUCGUAGCUGCUGCCGGCUCAAAGAACGCGCAACGACAUGUCCCGCGCAAUGCGUCUGUUAAUCUCCUCUUCUAGUCUCCAUCAUCAACUCAUAUCAACCCCCCAUAUCCUUUGGUAUCCUUUGCGCACUCGUUUCCUGCCAAGUAGCGCUGGUCGCUGCCUAGCACUCUUUCCCUACCUGGCCCCCUCCGACAAUUUCGAGCUCGUGGUGAAAGCAGCACCCCCGAGUUACUACGUAUUGGCUUUUCUAGUCUGUUCUCAAGGUGUUCCGGGCGUCCUCUGCGCCAUUCGCCCGUGGCAGGCCGUGCUGGGUCACGAUAUCUUCACCUUGCCCCGCCAAAAGGCCUUUUCUUCUCUGCUCGAUUCCACCUUUUCCAUAUUCGCUCAUCUAGAACUCUCGCGCCACCCUUCUUCUCUUAAACAGUGUCAAUUUCGUGCCGCACCCGCUACCAGCUUCGCAACCCGACUUGUCUUUGAUUACCAGCAAUUACGCGCAAGCUCCAGCUUUUUGGCACGUUUAGAUUACUGCUUCGCGUUCGGUUCGCGAGCGUCAAGCAUAUAGAUCGGAUACACCGCCUUCUGACCGCUACCGUACCGCUAAGCAGACCAUCACGCACCUCUCAAGUCACCGCUAGACUGACCCGGCGGAGACUCACUUCAACUUGUGACGAUCUAUCCAGGCUGCAGGUGAUAGGUACAAUAGUCCGGCCACUACGAACGUUCUUCACCUCUCCCCAGCAUCAGUCAAUUUUAGGCAGAACUGUCCUAGACACUUAUUGAUCUCAGGCAGCGUUCUGGGUCCUAAUAAGGUGACUCUUGCCCUGAUCACCCUCUAGCCGUGGGACGCUACCUGUGCUCUAGGUACCUCUUACUCUCAGCAUUCUUCUUCACAGAUAUCUAGCUCU